UUCUCCACAUUACCGUACACUCUCCUCCUCCUCCCUCUCUCUUUCACUUUCAACCUUUUCUCUCAUAUCCCAAAACUCGGCCACAUCCAAAUAGUAUCCGAAGCUAUGAACUCCGAUCAGUUAGUUCAUAGAACCCACCAUACCCACAAUGAAGACCUACAAGACACCCCCAUCCUCGAAUCAACCCCGCAAAACAAGCCUCGAAACCUCUCCACCAACCCAAUCCGCUACAUUCUUCGCGAGCAACGCAUCCUCUUCGUCCUCAUCGGCAUUGCCAUCGCCACCCUCUUCUUCACCGCCUUCCCCUUAUCAAACCCAGAGCUAGCAUCCUCCUCGCUAUCUUCCCCUCUCCUCCAUGACCCGACCCGAGACUCGAGUUUCUCGUCCGGGUCGUCUGUCGUGCCGACCCGGCGGGUUCUGUUGGAGGGUCUCGAGUCGAUGAACGUGGGCGGGAAAGUGCCGCUGGGGUUGAAAUCGAAGAGCCAGAGGAUUGUGGUGACUGGUGGGGCCGGGUUCGUUGGGAGCCACCUUGUGGACCGUUUGAUUGCGAGAGGGGACAGUGUGAUCGUCAUUGAUAAUUUCUUUACGGGUCGGAAAGAGAACCUGGCGCACCAUUUCGGAAACCCCAAGUUUGAGCUCAUCAGACACGACGUCGUUGAGCCGAUUCUGUUGGAGGUUGACCAAAUCUACCACUUGGCCUGCCCUGCCUCUCCUGUGCAUUACAAGUUUAAUCCGGUCAAGACUAUUAAGACGAAUGUGGUGGGCACAUUGAACAUGCUUGGACUAGCCAAAAGGGUGGGUGCACGCUUCUUGCUCACAAGCACCAGCGAGGUCUACGGUGACCCUCUGCAGCAUCCCCAGGUUGAGACCUACUGGGGCAAUGUCAACCCCAUCGGUGUAAGGAGCUGUUAUGAUGAGGGGAAGCGCACAGCAGAGACAUUGAGCAUGGAUUAUCAUAGAGGCCUUGGCAUUGAGGUGAGAAUUGCCAGGAUUUUCAAUACUUACGGACCACGAAUGUGCAUCGAUGAUGGUCGUGUUGUUAGCAAUUUUGUAGCACAGGCAUUAAGGAAGGAGCCAUUAACAGUUUAUGGUGAUGGCAAGCAAACCAGAAGUUUCCAAUACGUUUCUGACUUGGUGGAGGGACUAAUGCGGUUGAUGGAAGGGAAUCAUGUAGGACCUUUCAAUCUUGGCAACCCUGGUGAAUUCACCAUGCUAGAACUUGCUCAGGUUGUACAGGACACCAUAGACCCCAAUGCAAAGAUAGAGUUCAGGCCAAACACAGAAGAUGACCCCCAUAAGAGGAAGCCAGACAUUUCAAAGGCAAAAGAGCUUCUCGGAUGGGAGCCUACUGUGUCUCUCAGAAAGGGACUUCCUCUCAUGGUUACUGACUUUAGACAGCGCAUAUUUGGCGACGCCAAGGACAACAUUGCAGCUGAGGCAGCUUAAUCUAUAAUGUUUGCAUAAAUUCAUUGAUUACUUUAAUUUCACAUAUAAAUGAUGAGGAACACUGAUAUAUAGGAAAAAAAGAUAUAGAGUUGGAAAAUAAAGUUAGAAUAAAAAGGAAUUUUCUCAUAGAUAUAUGUAACGUUUACUCCAUAGGAAUAAAAACUUGGCAUGCAAAAUAUGCCAAUGGAGUCCAGUUUGUUCUGAGAAUGGUAUAUAGGGAUAAAUGCUUUUGUUCUUCUA